GCAUCCACAAACAAAAUGUGUGAACGCCAUGAUACCAAAGAAGAAGAUAUUACCCACCCUCGCCAGCCUUCCUUCUGAGAAGCAGUCAGUCAACCGGCUGUUGCAUUUUUUUUUCGGUUAUCGAUUGGUCUUGUCUGGACCGUGAAGUCGCGGGAGAGUUUGGACAAAAAUGGUGGAUAAAUAAAAUAGAGUUCACUAAGGCCGUUUUAAAAAAGUAUCAAUUUACGGUCUGCUUAACAGGGUGGCGCUCCCAUAGACACCAAUGCGAUAGCAGCUGGGUCUGGUCUGCUUUGUUCAUUGAUUGAACCAGAAAAAACAGCGACUGGAUUGGAAUCCUUCCUGCCCCCCCCCAAAAAACGUGACUAGCUAGCAUAUUGACGCCGAUAAAUACAGAAACAAAUGGCUUUGAAUGGUGACGGUUAGGAUCGCGUGACAAGAAUGGAGGAUAAUUUGGAGCGCGUGCUCCAUUGCGAUGACAAGGAGGAGUUGAGGCGGAAACUGGCCCUGCUACAGAGGGAGUACUCCAGGACAGUUCAGAGAUUACAGCGAGCUGAGCGUUCAGAUGCCGUGCGGAAGCAUGUGAGGAGUCGGAUCUCUGAGCAGAACCUCCAGGACCAGACAGACCCAGUCCCAGCCAGCACCUUUCCCAACCCAGCUCUACCUCCCCUCUCCCUUGGUUGCCCUGCUAGGACGGCCCCAGGUUCGGCCUCACCAUCCGGCCCCGCUGGAGACUCGACUGUGGCGGCAUCGUGUCCGGUGGAAUCUGAGAACCCCAGGCGGAGGAGUCCGUCCAUCCGCUUCCUCCUCCCCGUCGAUGACUCUUGCCCUCGGACACCUGACCUUAACCCUCACAGACGAAGCCACUCCCUCCGGCUGAGGUCACGGAGAAGCCGGCUGCGCUGGGAGCGGACGGGGAGGGUCCAGGGCGGCGAGGGGGCAGGGGGGAGGUACGACACAGAGACCAGCGAGGAUGGGCUGGAGCUGGAAGCACAAACAGAGAAAGAAGAGGACGGAGAGAAGAGAAAUAUGGAGGAAGAGAAGGAGGGUGUGAAGAAAGAGGUAGAGAGGGAGGAGAAUGAGAGGGAAAUUCCAGAUAAAGAGGCAAUUAAACAGAGUGAUGGAGAGGAGAGAGAAGAACAGAGGACAUAUGGACAGAAGGAGAUCGGUUCACCCCUUCCUUCUCUGAGGAGAGAUGGAGAGGAGAGAGAAGAACAGAGGACAUAUGGACAGAAGGAUAUAGGUUCACCCCUUCCUUCUCUGAGGAGAGAUGGAGAGGAGAGAGAAGAACCGAGGACAUAUGGACAGAAGGAGAUCGGUUCACCCCUUCCUUCUCUGAGGAGAGAUGGAGAGGAGAGAGAAGAACAGAGGUCAUAUGGACAGAAGGAGGUCGGUUCACCCCUUCCUUCUCUGAGGAGAGAUGGAGAGGAGAGAGAAGAACAGAGGACAUAUGGACAGAAGGAGGUCGGUUCACCCCUUCCUUCUCUGAGGAGAGAUGGAGAGGAGAGAGAAGAACAGAGGACAUAUGGACAGAAGGAGAUAGGUUCACCCCUUCCUUCUCUGAGGAGAGAUGGAGAGGAGAGAGAAGAGGGAAGUGAUUCAGUAGCUGUGGGAGUCUCUGUGUUAGGGGCUGUUGGGUUGUGUAACACUGGGGGAGUCCUGGACUCGUGCACUCUGGUGGAAGGUCUGCCGUUCCCUGUAGAAUACUACAUCAGAACCACAAGACGCAUGGCCUCUUCACAGAGCCACAGAGACCUGCAGGCUGUCGUUCUGAACCAACUCAACAGGGGGCGCCACAGAAGGAACAGGGGCCGGAUGUCUAACACACACUCACUCUCAACUUCACAGUCCGACUCACUAGCACAACCCUCCAAUCACCGCCCGUGCUCAAGUCAACUGACCUCAAACUCACCGAACAAUCGCACACCGGUUGAGGAGCCAUCAGCCAAUCAGAUGCUUACCGCUGAGUCGGGGACCAAUCAGAGUGAGAGUUUACCCUCCAGAGCCUGCAGUGUUCGGCCUAUCAGAGGCCGGAGGAGGAGAGGAAGGAGGCCGAGACUGGGCCGCUCUCUAAGUUUGGACUCGGAUCCCCCAGCACCAGUCCCAGACAACACCCAGACACCGGCCGCUAUUAGCCCAGCCUCACAGCCUCUCCCUGGGGGUGGAUGUCCGGAGCGCUGGACUCUCUCUGGAGGUGUGGAAGAACGGCUUUAUCCCAUCUUCAGAAGGAGCUGUGUCUCUCCCCUCAUUCACACAUCAAAGCAGAGCAAAGAGAGUGUGUGGUCUCUCCUCCUGCCCUCCUCCCUCUCCCCUGGAGGACCAGCAGUGCACCCUGGGAGUCUGGGCUGCGUCAUCUCAACCUUUGGCCUCCAGGAUUUCCAUCUCCCCGACGACCAGUUCGGACAGCUAAAGCUCCAGAAGCUUCGCGCCUCGUCUGCCGUUGCCGAACCGGAACCCUUCUCACCUUACAACAUGCGUCGUCGCCGCAACAGAGGCUCGGUCCACGGUCUCCAUGGCAACACAGGCGGUCAGACGUCCAAAGCGCCUACACCUGAGCCCCUCCCUCUCAGCCUCACCCCUCCUGUCACAGACUGCGUCACUCCGGUAGAACAGUCUAUAGACAGAUCUAUAGGCCAGCAUCUUAUAGACCACCCUAUAGGCCAGCAAUCUACAGACGCACUAGACCAUUCUACAGACCUCCAUUCGGAGUACCAUUCAGUUUGCCAGUCUACAGACCACCCUGUAGACCAGCAUAUAGGCCAUCAGUCUACAGACCAACCCGUAGACCAGCCUACUGGCCAUCAGUCUACAGACCAACCCGUAGACCAGCCUACUGGCCAUCAGUCUACAGACCAAUCUGUAGACCAGAAUGUAGGCCAUCAGUCUACAGACCACCCUGUAGACCAGCCUACUGGCCAUCAGUCUACAGACCAGCCUACUGGCCAUCAGUCUACAGACCACCUUGUAGACCAGCCUACUGGCCAUCAGUCUACAGACCAAUCUGUAGACCUGCUUAUUGGCCAUCAGCUUACCGUUUUAGUAGGCCAGUCUAUAGACUUUCCUUCAGUAGACCAGCAGACAGGCCUACUCACUACUGAGUGCCCUUCCCUUCAAACUGAAACCGAGACCGAGUGCCCUCCCGAGUGUCCAUCCUUCCACACAAAGACUAAGUGCCUUUCUCCGUGCCCUACGGAGUUCUCUGUCGAGUGCCUUACCAAAUGUCCUUCCGUGUGCACUACUGAGUGCCCUUCCCUCCGGAGGGAGACAGAUGCAGAGUGUGCUGUCCCCCCCAGCCCUUCCCUGCUCCUCCUUAGCCCCUCCCUAACCAGCCACACCCCUCACAGACACACCCUCUCCCUUUCCCUCUCCUCCAUUCCCCCUUUACCUUCCUUAGGGAUGACCCCUAGCCCCUUGACCCCUAACCCCAACAUACCCCUCUCCCUCCCUGACAGCCCCCCAUUACCUUCUUUAGAGGCGGUGACUCUCCCUCUCUCCUGCCCUCCCUGCCGCCCCACUCUGACCCUCCCCCUCUCCUGCUCUCCCUGUCCCCCUACUCUGACCCUCCCCUUCCCCUCUAGUCCCUCCACCCAAGCCCUCUCUCCUCCCUCCCUCUCUCCCUGCCCCUCUCCAAUCAUCCCUCUCUCCUCCCCUCCUCCCUCCCUCGCUCUCUGCCACCCCAACCUUGUUGAUUCCCUGCCCCAACUUUUUCUCCCUCCCACUCCUCUACUACUGCCUCAAUCUCUCCCUCCAACCCCAAAUACACCCCCUCCAUCGCCCCCUAUCCAGCUUCUUCGCCAGCCAGCUCCCUCUCUCCACUCAACCAGACAGGCCACCGAGGAGAGAGGAGAGGGAGAGGAGGAGAGAGCGUGGAGGAAGAAAGAGGAGAAGAGGAGGGAGGGGAUGACCGAGGAGGGUGUCUUAAAGCUCUCUCACACACUGAAGGCCCCUGCAGGAGGCAGCCUGGUGGAUGUGUGCUGUGUGUCGUGGCUGUCAGUAGGUGUAUGUAUAGCGGUGGCAGGAGAGUGGGAGGUGUGUGUUUGGGGUCAGAACAACCCCCCACACUGGAGACGACUCCACACCUGGACCUUCAUACAAUCAGUGAUGUCAGUGUUUCCUGUGUCGGACGCUCCUGGGCUUCUGUGUGUGACUCUGGGCCAGCUGGAAAUCAGAGAGGCCAGGGUACUCUGCUGCUCCAGUCUGUCCCAGGCGGUGCUCUGUGAGGGGGAGAUCCACAUGGUGGUGGGCAUGUCCAACCGAAGGCUGGUUAGCUCCUCCUACUCUGUCGCCACAACCCCGCUGCAGGUCUACACACUGACACAGGAUGGCAGGCUGCAGGCCUGCCUGUCUUUGGUCUGUCCUACUGAGCGCGUGCAGACCGUGGCGGCGGUGGAGGGACAGACUGACGCUCUGAUUGGCUCAACCCACGGAGGACAUGUUGUUCUGUGGAACGUGACGACGGGACAGCUGCUGCGGAGCAUCAAUCUGGGAGAUGGUUUCACGGAUACGACCUGCCUCCGAGGAUACUCCCUCUGCGUGAGUGGGGUGCUGUUUGUCCUGUUGCAACACACGUCCCUGUGUGCUGUGGAGGAGGAAGAGGGAGGGGCUCUGUUCUCGCUGGUCGCCACCAACCCUCUGACUGGCACCGUCGCCCUGGCAACCAGACUAGGCCUCCCCAAAGCCUGCACCGGGAGGCUGGUGGAGGUUGAUGUCCAUGGAUCCAGUGUGAUUGGGGUUUUCCGGUCCGGCUCCGUGUGUGUGUGGCAGCUUGGGGGGCGUCAGGGCCAGCAGGGGGUCUGGUUCCCAGAGCUGGGGUGUCAGCUCGCCCGUUGGGGGGCGCAGGGAACUGUCCUGACGGCACACCUCAAUGGAGACGUCUGCUUACACCGCUACAGACCAAUCUGAACAACUACAGACCACUAUAGAACACUCUGAACAACUACAGACCACUAUAGAACACUCUGAACAACUACAGACCACUCUGAACUACUAUAGACCACUAUAGACCACUCUGAACUACUAUAGACCACUCUGAACUACUAUAGACCACUCUGAACAACUACAGACCACUAUAGACCACUCUGAACUACUAUAGACCACUCUGAACACCUACAGACCACUUUAGAUGACUCUGAACAACUACAGACCACUAUAGACCACUCUGAACUACUAUAGACCACUAUAGACCACUCUGAACAACUACAGACCACUAUAGACCACUCUGAACUACAGACCACUCUGAACUACUACAGACCACUGUAGACUACUCUGAACCACAACUUAUCCACUAUAGACCACUCUGAACUACUGUUAUACAUGCCAGAGAGGCAUGUUUGUUCUACCAAACAGAUUUCUAUCUGUGGGUUGUCCAACGUGUCCUGCUGAAUGCAGCCCAGAAGGGUCUGCUACAUAGCAGGAACAAUGAGUUAGCGCUCUAACUUUGAUAAGCAACCAGAAAUAACUAUUGAUGUUCUGGUUCAUUAAGAAAGCUAAACUUAGAUAUGUGUUUUUGGUUGUUUUAUUAUGCCAUGCACUUUAUAUAUUUCUAUAAAACAAGUUAUUUCUGAAUAUUUAGGCAAGUUAGCUGGGUAACACAUUGAUCUUGCUUUGUCGUAAACACCUGCAACCGUGACCUCUGGUGCUGAAUCACAUUUUUGAUUCAGAUUCUUCUGAAUCACUUUCUACCACAUCCAAAUGACAUGGUUCAACUGUUUGGUUCCUGAGUCUGUUCCAUAUGUACCUACAUAUAAAUGAUGUGGUUCAACUGUUUGGUUCAUGAGUCUGUUCCAUAUGUACCUACAUAUAAAUGACGUGGUUCAACUGUUUG